AUGUUACGAAUAUUUGUGCUGUUGGCGCUGCUCUAUGCAGCCGCGUGCGUGACCAACGCCAGCCCUGUGUCCGAUUCCGUGUCCACCAAAGCACCAGCAACGCACGCUGACGACGAAGUGCAGAUUGUUAAAUAUUCCAAUGAAAAUGUCGGCGCUAACGGCUAUAAUUUUGCUUUUGAAACCAGUGAUGGCGUGUCACGCAAGGAAACGGCUACUGUCAAACACGCCGGUGCGAUAUCGGUCGAGGGCACCGUCAGCUGGACCGGGCCGGAUGGUGUGCAAUAUACAUUGAAUUAUGUCGCCGAUGAGCACGGUUUCCAGCCGCAAGGUACACAUUUGCCGGUGGGACCAGAGCCAGCGACUUGA